UCCAGCAGGAGGUGCUGUUGUGUCGUCCCAAGAUUCUAUUAGAAGACAAGGGUGAAUAAGUAAAUUCAUGUCUUAUUUUAUGAAAGUUAGGGUGCACUUUUGGGAGGAACUGACCGUAAAAAUGAAAAAAAGCGACGACGAUAGUGAUUGUGAUUCUUAUUGUUCCGAGCACGUGGCGUCGAUAUCGGGGUUGCGAGCGUCAGCGGGGUGAAAGCAGCUGCCGGGACCAAUCAAAAGCAGCGAGGCGGGAGUCGCGGCGCAGUGGAGCGCUUCGGAGGCGCGGGUGGAAAGAUGUGGCGCCGCAAAGGCAAACGCAAACAAUACGUGACGGUGAAGGACCUGCAGAACAUUCUGGACUCGUGCAAACUCCGCCUGGGGCACAUCGAUGAAGUCUGGCCCAACAUUUACAUCGGAAACGUGACAGUGGCGCAGACCAAGACGGCGCUGCUGGAGCUGGGCAUCACGCACGUGCUGAACGCGGCGCACGCCAAGCCGGGCAGCGUCGGCGACCAGCGUUUCUACGGCGCCGACUUCGAGUACUGCGGCAUCCCCGCCGACGACUCCGCCCACUUCGACCUGGACGUCUACUUCAGACCCGCCGCCGACUUCAUACACAAGGGACUCAAGUCGCCUCGUGGCAAAGUUCUGGUGCACUGCAUGAUGGGAAUGAGCCGCUCGUCCGCGCUGGUGCUGGCCUACCUGAUGAUCUACCGCCGCCUCAGCCUGGAGGAGGCGCUGCGGCGGCUGGUGCGCAAGAGGGCCAUCUACCCCAACCGCAACUUUCUGGCGCUGCUCCUCGACCUCGACCUCCACCUCCACCUGCAGCGUGACGGCCGCCGCCGCCGCCGUCUCUGUCUCAUCUUGUGAGCCGGCUGGAAAACAGCCAAACAAAAUCAUUUCAAAUACCAACGUAUCCAGAGAAAAUCAUUUUCAAUAACAGGACUUUCAAUAGCCACACAUCAUGUGAAAUUAUUUCAAAUAUCAAGACUAUAUCAAAAAUUUUCACUAAUCUACAGACACAAAUAGGAAAAAAAAUCUGAAUCUAUCCAGCUGGAAAAUGUCAAGACAAAUUGAUUUAAAAUUUCCAAAUAUUGACAUAAAACCAUGAAAAACACCCACGUCGCUAUAAAUUGAUUUAAAAUGUGGUAAUACCAUGAGAAAAAAAAUAUUUUAAAUAGCCACAUACCGAUGGGACAUUUAAAAUAUCAAUAUAACGUGCUUAAAUACAAAAAUGUCAACAUAAAAUCAUUUUAAAUACCGUAUUUUCCGGAGUAUACGUCGUAAGUGAAUGCAUUUCCAUCCCAUUCAAACAUUUUGCAUUUCCAGCAUUUUGUCCUUGAACUCAACUUAGUCACUUUGUGAAAAUGGACCAACUGCAUAAUUGUGUCAAAACCCCUCAUCACAUCAAUAAAUGGAAACUUUAUUUCCCUGCAUUUUAUUUUGAUCUAUCUAUAUAUUUUUUUUU